CGAUUACAAAUCAAAACAGGAGGAGCAGGAAGAUUCUCGUCGGAAUUUCGAGUUGCUGACCUAAAAUUUAGUGUUCGUUGUCGAAACUGACCGAGCGCGCGAGUUGAGUCGUCGUAUCCGCGGAAAAUUUCGAGGACAACACUUAUGGAACCUCCAAUUAGAGGUCAAAUAAUUAAUGGAACCAUGCAAGAAAUGUCGAUACGUUUAGCCGGCAGGGAAAGAGAUGUGUGUUGUGCGUGAUGGUGAUGUUGGCCAAAUUGCUAAUCAAAUAGCCGUGAUCGGUGUGUUGAAGUGAUCAUGUUUAACUUCCGUCUGAGAAUUCGUGCUGGCCAGAUCAAUUUCCUGCCGGGAGGAGGAGCUGAAAAGAGACUUUGUGUUGUUUACUGGCAAUGUUCCCGGGUCACCACCUCUAGGACUGACAGACCAAGGAGAGCAUCAUAUCCUGAGAUGGAGGUUCCAAUCUGCUUUUUUCUGGAUAAUUUAAAGUUCAGUCUACUAAUGAAACUGCCACACACAUCUGAAGCUAGCGGAUUGAUUAUGUGCUCGAGCCGCCUCCCAGAGUAUGGUGCACAGCAGUUGCUUCGAUUACGUUGGCAAACCGGCGACAAUUUUAUCGACCGAAUAAACAAAAAGCAGCAGAAUGGAUUAAUAAUCGAGAAUCCCCCAGAAGGAGAUGAUAUUCUAUCAAUUCCAUGGGACAAGCGUGGCCCAGUGGCAUACUACAUAGAACUUUCGUUCGAGGUGGCCGCCCUGGUCGUUGACUUUGUUCAUCAUCUGCACAUGCUGCUGUGGGCCAAUGUGUUCCUUUCGUUGGCCAGCCUUGUGAUCAUCAUGCAGUUGCGCUGUCUGAUCAACGAGAUCCAAAGGAAGUUCAAGCACCGUAACUACCUGUGGGUGCUAAACCCCAUGGAAAAGAGCUGUCCCCUAGCGACAGCCGAAGAUCUGAAGCAGAAUUCUGACAACUGUGCCAUAUGCUGGGAGAAGAUGGAAACCGCCCGGAAGCUGCCCUGUUCGCAUUUGUUUCAUAAGUAAAUUGGGCUCAUGCCUUCAAUCUUGGUUGAAACGUGACACUAGUUUUCUGACGUGUCGGCUCGGAUUUAGCGUUAACAAUUUUAAUGUGGCCAAUAUUUUGCGAAUGAAAUCCGCAAGUCCCCUGGCUCCUGCCGGUUCCUCGGGAAACGGCUGCUGAAAUUCAUACCUCCCAGGUCAGGAACAUGGCCCAGCAUCCAGGAGAUAUUCCUCCGAUGGAUUACAACUUCCAACCAGCGUCCUCGUCAGCAGCAUUUGCCAUCAUCAUCGUCAUUUUCAUCGGCGGCUUCCACGCCUAACUCCGAUAGUUCCUCCGCGCCGCCGGCUACGAUUGUCACCGGUCAUGGCUACAGCCCUAGCAGUUGUAAUAGUAGUGGUUACGAAGUCGAACGAAAUAGCAGCAUUUUCGGUAACAUCGACAAUCUGCUGCGAGAGAACAGCAUGGAACCGGCCGGGGAGCGGUUUUCCAAGAGCUCCGAAGAUCGGGAACGGACUCCAGCGGAGGAAAUCGACGCUGCUGCACGGCAUGAGAAGGAGUUUGGAAAACUCGAACAACCUUCAAACCAUCUCUUCACAACAUUGUACCCCGAAGAUGGAUUUUGCAUAAUGUGGUUGUCAUCCCAAGGAUUUAAUCAACACCUGAAUAUGGACGAAUUGCUUAAAAAGAAGAAGCUUGCCUCAGACAUCGCAAUGUCUUGUAGCAGAAGAGGUAACAAAAAAUAAAUUAGAAGCAAAAAACUGAAAAAUA